AUGCCCACAUUCCGCCAGCACGACUGCGGAGUUUCUGGAGCGGAAUGGCUGGGAGAAGGGGGCAUAUUCGAAGGCUCAUCCACCUUGCGCAUAGGCAGUGGGAAGCACGACGGCCACAGCUCGGGCAUCCUCAUCCCGGUGAGCGGGGGUGACAUUAUCAUCAUCCCGGCCGGGGUCACGCACAGCUGUGCCGACAGCGGAGAGGAUUAUCGCUACGUGGGCGUUUAUCCCAAGGUUGAACGCACCCCACUGGCGCAACGACUUGGCAAUGACCCCAUCGAUCUAGUUGCGGCGCAGAGAGAGACAUUCGCGGUGGAGAUGCCGAAAGUAGAUCCCGUGUACGGCACGGAGGGCCCGCUGAUGUCGUUGUGGAUGGCUGAGCAGGCCGGUGCUUCCAAGAGCCUGUCCACGGGACAGCCGCCAAGCGGUUGA